AACACACACACACACACACACACCAGCUAACCAGCCUUCUUUCUCCCCGUCUUCUCUUCAGGAGCGCCACAACCUUUUCUCCCUCUCUUCUCUUCACUCUUCAGCGCCUGCACACCGCCACCAGUCCACUCUCCGACGAUUCUGUGACUCAAGGCGCAGCACAGGCUGCACAACAUAGCUCUCUCUCUGAGUCUCCGUCUCCGACUGAUCUCCGUCCUCAGUACAAAAACAGUACUUUCAGCAGAGGCAUUCAUUCAACCUCCACUUCUCACAGAGAGCGAAAGGAAGAAGCAGCUGAAGCUAUGAACGCUCCGGACCGUUACGAACGUUUCGUCGUCCCCGAAGGCACCAAAAAGGUGUCAUACGAGAGGGACACGAAGAUCAUCAAUGCGGCGUCGUUCACCAUCGAGAGAGAGGACCACACCAUCGGCAACAUUCUUCGCAUGCAAUUGCACAGAGACCCCAAUGUUUUGUUCGCUGGGUACAAGCUCCCUCACCCGCUUCAGUACAAAAUUAUUGUUAGGAUACACACCACUAGCCAGUCGUCGCCAAUGCAGGCAUAUAACCAGGCUAUCAAUGAUCUGGACAAGGAACUUGACCAUUUGAAGAAUGUUUUCGAGGCCGAGGUGCGAAAGCAGUCAAGGGAGUACUAAUAUGCAUUCAAGACAUGCAAGGAAGCAGUUUGUUGACUGUUUAUUGUUGAGUGGAAUUUGAAAGGAAUGGGCUAAGUUUUAUGGGGCUUUUGCUUUGAAUGUGAUGGGUGUCAUGGAUUAAUGGACCUAAUACAGUCAUGUAGAAUAUUAAAUAUGUCUAAUGGAGGAUCAAUCUCAUUUUCAUGUGCUCUGGUCUCUAGCGAAGUGCAUAAAACUACUAGGUGGACAUAUGGAUCUCAUGUAAUAUAGUUAUCUUUUUGGGUUUCAUCUGUAAGCAGCCUCAUUGAUAUACUUUCUCUUUCGAAUAUGAAUUAUCGCAAUGCAGCAUUGUUGCUUCA